AUGACUCACAAUGCAAAGCUUAACCUUGACCACAGGGUACGGGCCUAUGGGGGGCUAACCCGCUCAUCGUCGCAGUACCAGCAGUACCAGACACCGCGGUACGCGUUCAGUUCCCACCUACACGGCACUUGGUACGGCCCAUCAGCCCCUCAUUUUCGGGUCAUUGCGAGGCCCCAGGGGACCGAGUGGGAGCAGCAUGAUUUGCUUGAGAUUGGAAAGGCAGAGCAGAAGGAUGUAGACGAGGAAGACACAGGUAUAGGUCUGCUGGAGGUUAAGGGCCGGACAUUUUUGAACCCCACCGAGGCUCCCGCUCGCUCCUCUGAUCGUGCCGAGGCUCUCUUCACCAGUAACCAUGCAGGCAGCACCAGUCACGACGCUCGUCCCUCUGCACGAUGCUGGACGGCGGACGCGCUGGUGGUCUGGCGAGCAUCAGGUGCCACCCACGGGGAAGCGGCUUGA